GGCGCGCCCGGACGACGCGGGCCGACGUACCGUACGCGCCUCCGCGGCGGGCCGGGGGCUGCUGGCCCCACCGCCGCCCUCUCGGAGGCGGGCCGGGCAGAAGGCGGGCCGGGCAGACGGCGGCGGCCAUGUUUGUGGCGCGCAGCAUCGCGGCGGACCACAAGGACCUCAUCCACGAUGUGUCUUUCGACUUCCACGGGCGCCGGAUGGCCACCUGCUCCAGCGACCAGAGCGUCAAGGUCUGGGAUAAAAGUGAAAGUGGAGAUUGGCAUUGCACUGCUAGUUGGAAGACACACAGUGGAUCUGUGUGGCGUGUGACAUGGGCUCAUCCUGAAUUUGGACAAGUUUUGGCUUCCUGUUCUUUUGACCGAACAGCCGCUGUUUGGGAAGAAAUAGUAGGAGAAUCAAACGAUAAACUUCGAGGACAGAGUCACUGGGUGAAGAGGACAACUCUAGUGGAUAGUAGAACAUCUGUUACUGAUGUGAAAUUUGCUCCCAAACAUAUGGGUCUGAUGUUAGCAACCUGUUCAGCAGACGGUAUAGUAAGAAUAUAUGAGGCUCCAGAUGUUAUGAAUCUCAGCCAGUGGUCUCUACAGCAUGAGAUCUCAUGUAAGCUGAGCUGUAGUUGCAUUUCUUGGAACCCUUCCAGCUCUCGUGCUCACUCCCCCAUGAUCGCCGUGGGAAGUGAUGACAACAGUCCAAAUGCCAUGGCCAAGGUUCAGAUUUUUGAAUACAAUGAAAACACCAGGAAAUAUGCAAAAGCGGAAACUCUUAUGACCGUCACAGACCCUGUUCAUGAUAUUGCCUUUGCUCCGAAUUUGGGAAGAUCUUUCCAUAUCCUGGCAAUAGCAACCAAAGAUGUCAGAAUUUUCACAGUAAAACCUGUGAGGAAAGAACUUACUUCUUCUGGUGGUCCCACAAAAUUUGAAAUCCAUAUUGUGGCUCAGUUUGAUAAUCAUAAUUCUCAGGUCUGGAGGGUGAGUUGGAACAUUACAGGAACAGUACUAGCAUCCUCAGGAGAUGACGGCUGUGUGAGGUUGUGGAAAGCUAAUUACAUGGACAAUUGGAAGUGUACUGGUAUUUUGAAAGGUAAUGGGAGCCCAGUAAAUGGGAGUUCUCAACUGGGAAACUCAAAUCCUUCACUAAGCUCAAAUAUUCCAAAUCUUCAGAAUUCACUAAAUGGAUCUUCUGCUGGCAGACAAUUUGGAAACAGAAGAAGAGUUGACAUUUUGCUGAAAAUUUGCAUGCAGUUGAAAUUCCAUGUCUCAGGAUUUUUAAUGUGUUGUUUCAAUGAAUUCCUGUCUUCUAAUACUCUUGACUUUGACAAAGUUAUGCACCUUUUUAUUUACUAAAUUGCAUACAUGUUACGGGUAAGUUAUAAGACAGCAGAAUAACAGACUAUAAUUCUGUGAGCCUUUUUAGACACCAAAAUCUCUAGCGAUUCUCAGUUUUUUGCAGGAAACCAAAACUAUUCAAUGAUUAUAUUUUUCAAAAGCAUGUUGCAGUAGCCAGCUUUCCAGUGUGAGAGUGUAUUCGGGUUAGUUCUCAGUAUCAUGUGUGCACUGAACAGUUGUGCCUGCUGCAGAAGCAAAUGGCAGCUGUGCUCCAAAUGGAAAGCAUAUUAGAUUUGUAAAUUACAGAAUCAAAUGAGAGAUUAGAUACAGCUUUAAAUUUAUAAAAUUAAUGUCUCUGUAACUUAUGUACUGAUAAUUUUUUUUGGCAUUUUAACUUUAACAGAUUUUUUUCCCCGAAAUUUUUAUACUUGCUUAAGCAACCUUGAUUUAAGUGAGAGUCUUGAUUUAUACUAUUAUGUUCCAUUGGUUUUGGCAUGAAUAUACAAGCUUUUUUUUUCUUUUUUUUUCUUUCCAGCAUGUUUCUCUUCUUUGGUUCUCUUUGUAUUUACUGCUUUUCUCUUUUUCUUCUGUUCCCCUCUCCCUCCUUCCCCCUGUUGUUUUUGUUUUGGUGUUUUGUUCCUGUCUUCAUUAUUUCAGGUAUUUCUUUCCCCCUCUGGAUUCCCCACGGGCUGGAUCAAGAUGGUCCAGUUGUGCCCAGCUCCUUCCUCCUCCUGCUCCUCUGGUAGAGCACUCUUGCGAUGCCGACACUGCCAACCUCCAGUAUCCUCACCCUCG